AUGUCAAGCAAUAAGGUGUGCGGUGCCUCUGGUAGUUUCCUCCUCUUGGGAGGCUGGUGUGGUGUCAUGUGGGCUUUCUUACGAUCACUUUCCCUCCACCUUCAGAUUUGUUGGCAGGUUCUUGUUGGACGAAGCUUCAUGAUCUUUGCUCAGGCUGCCGGCUGGGGCAUUCCCUUACUCGGCAUCACCCUGGCGCUCGUCUUCAGCGGUGUUUCUUUUCGAUUUGGUCCAAUGUGCCACCUCAAUCACAAGAAUAGUCUCGCCGAUGUGUGGAUCCCGCUCCUCAUCUUUGCUGGCGCAACUGUGAUUAUUACGUUCGCUACAUUUGGCUACUGUGUCAAAGUGUACCUGGCCUCCUUAUACGACAACUCUGCCUCAACCGAAGGGUCAAGCCUCCCGGCAUACACUAGCAGCGUCAGAACGGUGUCCCCUCGCCAAGCUUAUCGUCGUGUGAAACGUGUCAUCGCUUUACAAUGGCGCGGUAUUGCCAUCGUCCUAAUCAUCAUUGCUGAUGUCAUCUUCUUCUCGGUCAUCUUCGUGUUCCAAGACAACGUUGUGCAAUCGGUAACAAACGACCCCAGCGUGGCAAAAGAUUGGUUGAACGGCAUUUGGCUCAUGUUCCUAUUGGGUCGCUUUUCCAUGUUUACCGGCUGGUACGAAUUGUUCAUAUCGUUCCUACCGAGCAGCCGCAGACAGAAAGAGUUUGUAUCCGUGGACGCUCGCCAUGAUGCUAAGAAAGACCUACGCAAUUCACAUUCGUACGAAAUGCUCUCGAGGGACUCUAGCGCUGUGGUAACACCACUUUCUCUAGUAAAAUCGCCACCGCCUGGACGGCGAACCCCCGACUAUUUCGGCCAGACGGCACGGUACAACGCUCCCGUGAGAUCAUUCUCAAGUCCUCGAGCGCCGCAGACAGCCUCGUGGGAUCACCAGGAAAAGUUUGCGCGACCUGAGCGACCCGAAAGACCCGACCAUCAAGACAUGAACCCGCUCAUCAUGAACAAAAUCUAA